UGCUUUUCCUUUUCUUUAGCACUUUAUUUUUUUACUCAUGUACUUUUUUUCCUUUCUCGGAUUGCACUUUUAAUUUUAGGGAAAAGGUGCAAAUAGGCCUAUGUACUAACAAAAAAAGGUCAAAUAAGCCCUUAUUUAGGAGGCUCUGUCCGGACGUCACCAUUUGGGGUGGUUCCCGUUUUGGAAUUUUUUGAUGAAUUUUUUUGAGCAUCUUAUUUAAUAAGUCUAGUUUACUCAUACCAAAUUUCAGCUAAAACUUCAAUCGGAAAGACAUUCAAAUGAAUUUUUGAAAAUAACUGUGCAGUUAGAAGCGCGGUUAUCUUCAAGAAUUCAUUUGAAUGCCUUCCGGAUUGAAGUUUUAGCUGAAAUUUGGUAUAACUAACUAGACUUGAUGAAUAAGAUGCUCAAAAAAUUUCAUCAAAAAAUUUCACCGGGAACCACCCCAAAUGAUGACGGCCAGACAGAGUCUCCUAAAUAAGGGCUUAUUUGACCUUUUUUGAUUAGUACAUGGGUCUAUUUGCACCUUUUCCCUUAAUUUAAUAGGAAAAAUUGAAAAUAAUAAUCCCAACUAUUGCCGGUCCGCUGAAAAUAAUCUCAACUAUUUAUUAUUUUUGUAUAAUCCCAACUAUAUAGACUAUCCGUCAAUAAUGGUCCAUGACCAUAUAUUACCUCUAUAAAAAGUGAAUUUUAAAUAGAAAUUAAGCGUAAAAAUUAAAAGUUGAGAUUAUUCAUAGGGAUUACUUGUUAUAUCUCAUCUCAUCCACUUUAGAAACUACAAGAAUUUAUUCAUAGGGACCAUUAUUGGCGGCAGGUCCCUAAAGUUGGGAUUAUUCUGUAAUAAUCAAUAGUUGGGAUUAUUAUGAGCGGACUGCCAAUAGUUGGGAUUAUUACUAUCAAUUUUUCCAAUUUUAUAUCAAUAAAAUCUCCUUUUGCAAAAAAAAAAAAAAAAAGAGAGAGAGCGAGCUCGUGCAUCCAAAGGUUUCAAGUACGAAAGGCCACGCAAGUUGAGGGGUCCCAUUAUGCAGUAGAGCAGCUAUCUCCCUCUAGUCAACGCCUUUUUUGACUCAUCAUCCUAUUAAUUCUGCGGCUCGCCCCUCCUCUCUCUCAGCCGCACCUUCGAAUUUCAUUACGUUUCAUUUUCUUUCUCCCAGAAACAGGCAAUUAAUUGAAUAACUAAUUGAGCAGCGGUUAAUAUUACAUUGAUAAAGAUACGUGGGAUCGAUCCAGUGCAAUGGCUCCUAGAGAUAAGGAGACUGCGGUGGCGGCGGCGGCGGCGGCGGCAGCAUUCCCGGCGGCGGACAAGACCGGCGGCGGAGUGCGCAAUGAGCACGUACAUUACAGAGGCGUGAGAAAGAGGCCGUGGGGGAGGUACGCGGCGGAGAUCAGAGAUCCCGGGAAGAAGAGCCGCGUUUGGCUCGGGACCUUUGACACGGCUGAGGAGGCGGCCCGGGCCUAUGACAAUGCCGCCAGGGAGUUUCGCGGUGCCAAGGCGAAAACGAAUUUCCCGAUGGCGGGGGAGCGGAUUCCUCUCGAUUUCUGCGCCCAAUUUGGCAUCAACAAAACUGAUGUGGAAAAGAACGGCGGCGGGAAUAGCAACCGCAGUGCCAGUCAGUGCAGCACCGUUGAAUCCUCCAGCCGCGAUGGCGGGCGUCCCUCUCGGGCCGCGUUGGUCGAUUCAUCUCUAUUGGAUCUCAGCGUCGGCGGAUCUGUGGGCCGAUACGCCGCGGCCGUUCUGCCGUAUCAGAACCGGGUCGCCCCGGUCGUCGUAAGCGGGCACCCGACAGCUGCGCCGCCGGCGCAUCACAUGCUUUGUUUCAACGCGGCCGCGCGCGGCGGGUCCAUUAAUCCGAAUCUUCACAACGGCGCUGCGGCGCAGAGCGAGUCUGACUCUUCCUCGGUGGCCGACGUGAACCGUGAUUUGAGACCUAACAAAGCUCCCCUCCUAAACCUCGAUCUCAACCUCCCACCGCCGGAGAUCAUGUGAUCUGGUUGGCCGCCGGUUCACCGUUCACGAGUAAACCGCUUCACGAUCAUCCCGUAAUUGUGAAUACCAAGAGGCUGAUCUCCUCCAUUUGAUACCACGACUCGAAUUUCCAUGUAAAGUUUAUCCUGCCCCCUUCCUUGAGGCUGACUUUUCUUCUUUUCGUUUCUUUGGGAUUCACAUAAUCACAUGUGAUAUGUGGUCUCUUAUUCAUAUACUACACACAUUUUUAUAUGGAAAAAGUUCUAGAUUUUGUAUCCAUGUCUCUAUUUUUUUUUUAUUUUUAUUUUUGCAAAUACUCCGUAUUUGUGUUGUUAUUCUACUCAUUCACAAAUAAGAUCAUGCGACUAAUACCCCUGUUUGUUUAUAUCAAGAACUCUUACAUUAAAA